AUGGCAUCUCCGGCCAGUGCAGCCGUGCGCUUCCUUGCGGCUUCGAAGAAGGCGCCUCAGGGGGUCCUGCAGCUGCGGCUGCACGUCAAGCCCGGCGCGAGCAGGAACCGAGAGGGCAUCCAGGCCGUGACGGAGGAUGCGAUUGAGCUCUGCGUCGCGGCGCAGGCCAAGGAUGGCGAGGCCAACCAAGCCGUGAUCGAGGUCCUCAGCGAGGUCCUGGAUAUCCCCAAGUCGAAGCUGGUUCUGGCCCAGGGCGCCAGAUCGCGGGACAAGACGGUGGUUGUGCAGGACUUCAAGGGCGACGGAGCCUCGUAUGCCAACACAGUCCUCGAGCUGCUUCAUAAGGCUAGCUCAGCGGCCUCAUGA